AUGUCUGCCGUGGACGUUCGCAAAGUCUCCAUACUCGGAAAGGACUCGAUCCACUGCGGCUUUCACCUUGUUCCCUAUAUUGUUCAAACCGUUCUUGAUACCCUCCCAUCGUCCACCUACGUCCUAGUAACCGACAGUAACCUCGCAAACCUCCACCUUGCCGCCUUCCAAACGGAAUUUGAAGACGUGAAGACCAGCGCCCGCUUCAUCAGUCAUGUCAUCGCUCCCGGAGAGACCAGCAAGAGCCGUGAAGGAAAGGCGGAGAUUGAGGAUUUCCUCCUCCUGCACAAAUGCACUCGCGACACUGUCAUCCUCGCGCUCGGCGGAGGCGUCAUCGGAGACCUGGUUGGGUUCGUAGCGGCAACUUUCAUGCGGGGUGUCCGCUUCGUCCAGAUCCCAACCACCCUGCUCGCGAUGGUCGACUCGAGCGUUGGCGGCAAGACCGCGAUCGACACGCCUCACGGCAAAAACCUCAUCGGCGCGUUCUGGCAGCCGGAGUACAUCUUCAUUGAUGCGGCGUUUCUGGAGACUUUGCCGGCGCGCGAGUUCUCCAACGGCAUGGCAGAGGUCGUGAAAACAGCAGCGAUCUGGAACGAGACCGAGUUCGCAUCUUUGGAGUCCCGAUCCGCUGAGAUCUUCGCCGCCAUUCAAACUCCUUCGAGCAACUACGCGGGACGUACUGAGAAGACCCGCUCCGAGGCACAGGAACUCCUCCUCUCCGUCAUCGCCGGCUCUAUUGGUGUUAAGGCGCAUAUAGUCACCAUCGACGAACGCGAGACCGGGCUCCGAAACCUCGUCAACUUCGGACACACUAUCGGCCACGCCAUCGAGGCCGUCCUUACCCCGGUGAUGCUUCACGGGGAGUGCGUCUCCGUUGGGAUGAUUCUUGAAGCCGAGGUCGCACGCCAGCUGGGCGUGCUCAGUCAAGUGGCGGUUGGCCGCCUCACGCGCUGCCUCAAGGCUUACAACCUCCCCGUGUCGCUUCACGAUCCGCGCAUCACCAGCCUACCGGCCGCGCGCAUGCUCUCGGUGACGCGCCUGCUCGAUAUCAUGCGCAUCGACAAGAAGAACAGCGGGGCACAGAAGAAGAUCGUCAUCCUGUCGCGGAUCGGAGCAACGUACGAGCAGAAGGCCACCGUCGUUGCCGAUGCGGUCAUCGCCAAAACGCUUUCGGACGCGGUCAAAGUUAUCUCCGGCGUCCCGAGCCGCAGUCCAGUUCGCAUGGCCACCCCAGGCAGCAAGAGCAUCUCGAACCGCGCGCUUCUUCUCGCGGCUUUGGCGACUGGGACGUGCCGCCUCAAGAACCUACUCCACUCGGACGACACGCAGGUCAUGAUGAACGCGCUCGUGGAACUCAAGGGUGCCAAGUUCGACUGGGAAGACGGAGGCGAGACGCUGGUCGUCACCGGCGGCGGAGGUUCGCUCGCCGUCCCCGACAGCAACAAGGAGGUCUACCUGGGUAACGCGGGCACCGCGGCGCGCUUCCUUACCACCGUCUGCACGCUCGUCAGCGGCGACGGAUCGCAGCGCACAGUCAUCACAGGCAACGCGCGCAUGAAGCAGCGCCCCAUUGGUCCGCUCGUCGACGCGCUCCGGGAGAAUGGCAGCAGCAUCGACUACCUCGAAUCCCAGGGAUGCCUUCCACUCUCUAUCGCCCCUGCCGGCCUCAAAGGAGCGCUCGUCCGACUCGCAGCCAGCGUCUCCAGCCAAUACGUCUCUUCGAUCCUGCUCUGCGCCCCGUACGCCGCGGAGCCGGUGACGCUCGAGCUCACCGGCGGCCAGGUCAUUUCCCAGCCGUACAUCGACAUGACUAUCGCGAUGAUGAAGACGUUCGGCAUCGCCGUCGAACGCCUGAUCGAUUCUGUUUCCGGGAGGCCUCUCGACGUUUACCACAUCCCGAAGGGCGUCUACACCAACCCCGAGCUAUACAACAUCGAGUCCGACGCGAGCAGCGCGACCUACCCACUCGCUGUCGCCGCGAUCACCGGCUCCACCUGCACGAUCAGCAACAUCGGCUCUGCCUCGCUGCAGGGCGACGCGCGCUUCGCCAAAGACGUCCUCGAGCCGAUGGGCUGCACCGUCGUCCAGACCGAGACCGAGACCACGGUCACCGGGCCCCCGAUCGGCCAGCUGCGCGCGCUCGGUCUCGUGGAUAUGGAGCCGAUGACCGACGCGUUCUUGACGGCCUCAGUGCUCGCGGCGGUGGCUUGCAACCCGCCGAAGGAGGGAAGGGUGUUGACGGACGGCAGCCGGGUGACGACGACACGCAUCAUCGGGAUCGCGAACCAGCGGGUCAAGGAGUGCAACAGGAUCAGGGCGAUGAUCGACCAGCUUGCCAAGUUCGGCGUGGAGACCAAAGAGUUUGACGACGGUUUGGAGGUCUACGGGAGACCGCUUGCGGAGCUGAGGGAAGGCGCCAGCGUUCACUGCUACGACGACCACCGGGUGGCAAUGGCGUUCAGCGUUCUGGGAAGCGUCGUGAAGGACACCAUCAUCGAGGAGAAGCGAUGUGUCGAGAAGACUUGGCCCAACUGGUGGGACGAUCUCGAGAACAAAAUCGGCCUGGAGGUCCAGGGUGUAGAGCUCGCAUCUAUGCAGGAGCUCGGCUCAACCAGCCGCUCGACGGGAAAGACUGACGCUUCAGUCGUCGUCAUCGGCAUGCGGGGCUCUGGGAAGACGUUCAUCGGCGAGCUGGCCGCGAGCACUCUGGGGUGGCCGUUCCUCGAUGCGGACGCCGUUUUCGAGCAGAAGCAUGCGAUCGGCGUACGGGAGUUCGUACACCAGCACGGCUGGCCCGCGUUCCGCGUCGCAGAGACCGAGAUCCUUCAAGAGUUGCUUGCUAAGCACGGCGAAGGCCACGUCAUCAGCCUGGGUGGCGGCAUCGUCGAGACUUCCGGCGCACGCGAAGUCCUAAAGGCAUACGCGCAGAAAGGCUCCGUCGUCCACAUUGUGCGGGAGAUCGACGAGGUAGUCGCGUACCUCGGAGCGGAAACCGCCCGACCCGCGUAUGGCGAGCCUAUCACCGACGUGUUCAAGCGCCGCGCACCGUGGUUCGCGGAGUGCAGCAACUACGAGUUCAUCAACUACACCGGGGUCCUCAACUCUUCCCAGAUCACGGCUGCCGACGACUCUGGGUCCACACCAUCCGGUCUCAGCACCCGCGACGAGGUUGCUAGGUUCUUUGGUCACAUCACUGGCGCACACACCAACUUUGCGGAGAACCUCGCUUCAGGGAAGAGGUCCUACUUCCUCUGCCUCACGUACCCGGAUAUAACCCCCGCCCUCCCUCACGUCCAAGAGAUGGCCGCCGGCGCGGACGCGGUCGAAGUGCGCGUCGACCUCCUCCGCUCCCCGAAGGACUUCGGCACGGUCGGGCCCUACGCUCCCUCCGUCUCGUACGUAAAUGAGCAAAUCGCUGCGCUGAGGCACAAGACAUCCCUCCCCAUCAUCUUCACCGUUCGCACCGCUUCCCAGGGUGGACAGUUCCCCGACAACGCGGAGAAGGAAGCCUUUGAGCUGUUCAUGGCGGCGGUGCGCAACGGGGUCGAGUACAUCGACCUCGAGGUAUCCUGGUCGGAGAAGGCGAUCACCGAGUUCCUGGUGCGCAAGGGACGCUCGAAGGUUAUCGCAUCCUGGCACGACUGGAGCGGCGCCAUGGCUUGGGACGGACAAGCCGCGGAGGCGAAGUACAAGCUCGCGAACAAAUAUGGGGACAUUAUCAAGCUUGUCGGCAAGGCAAACAACUUGGAAGACAACCUCACGCUGCGCCAGUUCGUGUCUCGCAUGGAGGCGGCGCCUGGCUCGAAGCCCGUCAUCGCGAUCAACAUGGGGGUCGAAGGUCAGAUCUCGCGUAUCCUGAACACGACGCUCAGCCCCAUCACCCACUCGCUCCUCCCGAGCAAGGCUGCUCCCGGUCAGCUCUCGUUCGCACAGAUUCAGACUGCGCUCCACCUCAUCGGCCAACUGCCUGCGAAGAAGUUCUACCUCUUUGGCACGCCCAUCGCCCACUCGAUGUCGCCUACACUCCACAACACCGCGUUCAGAACGCUCGGGAUGCCGCACACCUACGAGCUGCUCGAGACGGAGAGCGUCGGCGAAGAGAUCAAGGCCGCGAUCGCCGCGCCGAACUUCGGCGGCGCGUCGGUCACAAUCCCCUUCAAGCGCGACAUCAUGCCCCUCCUCGACGAGCUCUCUCCCGAUGCGGAGGCCAUCGGUGCCGUCAACACCAUCAUCCCUAUCACGAAGGCGGACGGCUCCGUGAAGCUCUACGGCGAGAACACCGACUGGCGAGGCAUCAGCCAAUGCGUCCGCCGCGCGCUGCCGCCCACCAUCCUGAAGCCCGAGACGGCGCUCGUCAUCGGCGCCGGGGGCACCUCCCGCGCCGCGAUUUACGCGCUCUGGAAGCUCGGCGUGCAGACGGUGUACCUCUACAACCGCACCAAGCGCAGCGCGCAGGCACUCGUCGACGCGUUCCCCGACGUCGACGUCCGGCUCGUCGACGAGCUCGGGGUCUGGCCCGGGGGCGGCGCGCAGCCGACGGUCGUGAUCUCGACGGUGCCCGCCGCGGCGACGUCGCUCGACGAAUCCGCCCCGGACACGAUCUGCGUCCGAAGCUCGAUCUUCUCGGCGCCCGCGGGCGGCGUGGCGAUCGACAUGGCGUACAAGCCUGCGGAGACGCCGGUGCUGGUGCAGGCGCGGAACGCGGGGGCGCAGUGGCGGACCGUGAAGGGCGUCGAGGUCCUGCUCGAGCAGGGCUUCCACCAGUUCAACCUCUGGACGGGGCGGCACUGCGCGAGGAACGUCGUCGCGGAGCGCGUGUGGACGGCGUACUCUCCGUAG